GGACGUCCCCGGAGGAGCGUGUGUGCCCAGGAGGACCCCUUGCCCCCUGGCGGCGGCGGCCCAGCCGGAUGUGGGGGGCGGCCGCUCAGAGGCAUGCCCCCCACCUGGCCGCACCGCGCCCACCUGCUGCUGCCGCUGCUGCUGGCCUGCCGGCCACAGGCCCCCGCUGCCCAGGUCAUGGACUUCCUGUUUGAGAAGUGGAAGCUGUACGGCGACCAGUGUCUCUACAACCUGAGCCUGCUGCCCGCCCCGACCGAGCUGGUCUGUAAUAGGACCUUUGACAAGUAUUCCUGUUGGCCAGACACCCCUCCCAACACCACGGCCAACAUCUCCUGCCCCUGGUACCUGCCCUGGCACCACAAAGUGCAGCACCGCCUCGUCUUCAAGAAGUGCGGGCCCGAUGGGCAGUGGGUGCGCGGGCCCCGGGGGCAGCCGUGGCGAAAUGCUUCUCAGUGCCAGAUGGAUGAGGACGAGAUUGAGGUCCAGAAGGACGCGGCCAAGAUGUACGGCAGGUUCCAGGCGAUGUACACGGUGGGGUAUUCUCUCUCCCUGGGGGCCCUGCUCCUGGCCCUCGCCACCCUGCUGGGCCUCAGCAAGCUGCGCUGCACGCGGAACUACAUCCACGCGAACCUGUUCGCGUCCUUCGUGCUCAAGGCCAGCUCCGUGCUGGUCAUCGAUGCGCUGCUCAGGACCCGCUACAGCCAGAAGAUUGGCGAUGACCUCAGCGUGAGCGUCUGGCUGAGCGACGGGGCGGUGGCCGGCUGCCGGGUGGCCGCGGUCUUCAUGCACUACGGCAUCGUGGCCAACUACUGCUGGCUGCUGGCGGAGGGCGUGUACCUGCAUGGCCUGCUGGGCCUCGCCUCCUUCCCGGACAGGAGCUGCUUCGCCCUCUACCUGGGCAUCGGCUGGGGCGCCCCCAUGCUCUUCGUUGUCCCCUGGGCGGUGGUCAAGUGUCUGUUCGAGAACAUCCAGUGCUGGACCAGCAAUGACAACAUGGGCUUCUGGUGGAUCCUGCGCUUGCCUGUCUUCCUGGCGAUCCUGAUCAACUUCUUCAUCUUCAUCCGCAUCCUUUUCAUCCUGGUGGCUAAGCUGCGAGCCCGCCAGAUGCGCUACACCGACUACAAGCUCCGGCUGGCGAAGUCCACGCUGACCCUCAUCCCCUUGCUGGGGGUCCACGAGGUGGUGUUUGCCUUCGUGACAGACGAGCACGCCCAGGGGACCCUGCGCUCCGCCAAGCUCUUCUUCGACCUCUUCCUCAGCUCCUUCCAGGGCCUGCUGGUGGCUCUCCUGUACUGUUUCCUCAAUAAGGAGGUGCAGUCGGAGGUGCUGCGGCGCUGGCACCGCUGGCACGUGGGCAACUCGCUGCGGGUGCAGCGCCACGUGCGUGGGCCCUCGGCCUCAGCCCGGCCUGGGGGCGCCCCCCCCAGCGAGAAGCCGCUGCUCUCCAGGGCUGAAGGCGGCAGCAAUGGGGCCAGCCAGGACCCCUCUGCAGAGACCUGCCUGGUCAGCAGCCUCCCUGCGUCGGCAGAGAGCCCUUCUAAAGGCCCCUGGGCCCCCAGCCGAGGCCGGACUCAACACCUGCCGGACAACCCAGAACCCGGGCCGGAGGGGCGGGAGCCAGACAGUGGCCCCACUGCCCCCCUCCCCCCCAGUGUCCUGGUCUGAGGGGUGGGGCCUCCCUCACACCUGUCCCUGCUGGGGCGCGGACGGAUAUGAUGGGAGCUGUUCUGUGAGUGCCGGCAGGUGCACCCGGUGUUUAAGGACGUGCGUGUCCUCCAACAAUAAAGAGUCUUAAAGAGU